AUGAAACUGCUGUGUCCAUUGAGAACUCAGCCCAAUUUUGAGGGGCUCAGCAAAGAGUUCACCGGUGACGUCCCCGACCUGCACGAUCUGGAUUUUGGUGACUGCAUCUCUUCCCUCAAGGUCAUUGGGCAGCCCUGGGUCGCCUACAAAGUCCCCAAGUUUGAGGGAGACGGUUUUGCAUUUGAAGAAGGCAAUUACGGAGAGGUUAACAAGAACAACCACUUCUCAUCCCUCCGACUGGUUCAUUAUGAUCUCUCUGAUCCUCAGAUCACUCUAUAUGAACUCCCUAACUAUGAGGGCGAGAGCAAGGUAGUGACGGAAGAAACCAACCUUGCCUAUGGCUACUUUAAUGAUCGUGUGUCCUCCCAUGUUGUACAGAAGGGUGUCUGGCUGUUGUACAAGAACCCAAACCGAGGUGGAUGGUAUCACAUCGCCUGGCCCGGAGAGCGCAUUUGUGACUAUAAAACAGAGAUUAAUUUUGAUGACAGUGUGUCCCACCUGCAGCCCUUGCAGCCUGGACAUCCCAUCAUCACUGCAAAGCUGUUGUGGGACCAGAAGAAGGUGGAGGACGAGCAAGAUGUCCUGAUAGAUGAGAUUGUGGGAACCAACUGCACCAAAUAUGACCAAGCGUUCACUGCCAACACCAGUCGGGAAUACACUGCCACAACCCUCCAGAGCUUCCACUUCAGCAAUACCACAACUCUAAAACUUGGCUUCAGUUUCCAAGUCACCGUUGGGGCUUCCAACGUCUUGGUGGUCAAGAAAGAGACCGCCACCUCAGUCCCAGUGGAGCUCACCAUCGUUCAGAAUGGGAAAGAAAAGAAAGAGCUGGCAGAGUACAAGUGUGUGUCAGGCCGCACCAUUAGCACCAGAUACGUCAUGAAGCCCAUCUCCACAGAAGAGGUGACUUCCCAAGCCAAGCUGACACCUGUGACUGAGGGGAAGCAUGGUCAAGCCAAAUACUCCCACAAACCUAUAGAAGUGCAUUUCCGUGCUAGGCCUGACCCAACACGGCCAGGACAAAGCUCAUAA